CACACACACACACACACACGCGCUCUUCCCGAUGUCCAACCAGGGGAAGGCCGCCGUACCGGGCCGCCGGGCUGGCUCGGGCUCGGGGAACAUCUUUCUUCAGGACAGCGACGUUGGUAACCGUCCAAAGCGCCGCGUCAAGCAGCUCUAUUCACAUGAUAACAACUCCAGCGGCGAGGAUUCCGACUUGGGAUUUGCUUCGGACGGGGCAGACUCCGACAUGGAGGACCACCUGUCGGGCCCGGAUGCUCGGCGGAAGCGCUCUCGCUUGGAGGUGGACCCGGUGACCGGGCGUCCGGUGGGCCCGGCUGCCGGUGACGCCGGCUCAGAUGAGGAUGACGAUGAGGCGGCUGUGCCGCCGGAGUUCCGCGAGCGCCCAUCUGCGCCCAUUCGUACGAGGGAUCGCCUCGAGCGGGGCACCCUGAAUCGGCUCCUGGCCGAUGACAGCGAUGUGCGAGGGCUCGGCGAGCGCGCCGGUGCCUCGAUCCCCGGCGAGACAACCUCCCUGCAGGAGGACGAGUCCUCCGUCGGCAUUGAGGCCUUCAACCUGGAUGCCGAGAUGCGCAGUGGGCAAUUCGACCAGACCGGCUUCUUUGUGUCUCGUGCCCUCGGCGGCCGGGGGUCCCGGACGGCGGGGGACUCCGACGAUUCCGAUGCGGCCAGCGACUCGGACGAGGAUGUCGAUCGGGUGACUGCCGAAGAGGCGUCCUUGAUGAAUUUCGACAAGGGUGCCAUGGUCGAGGCGGCCGAGGCCAAGCGCCGACAAGCCGAGGGGGCCGAGGCGGCCGAGGCCGAGCGCCUCGCGCGCGAUGGGACUCUCGCCAUCCCAAGCACCCAGCUCGGCAUGCUGGAGGACUUGGCCCAGUAUCUGGCUUCCGACCGGCCUCAAGAUACUCCGGCCGCGGCGAUGCGGCGACUGGCCGCGCCGAAGGGGGGCCCCGGUGCCCCGGGUGGAGCUCGUGUCCGGCGCCCGGCCCUGGCUCCCGAGGCACAGGCCCAGCUUGAUCGACUGACCGCCCUGUUGACGGCCAUGGUCGACCGGCAUGACAUGGUGGACAUCUACCAAAUGACCCAGGCCGAGGUGGCCCAGCAGAUUGCCGCCCUCCGGGAGGCGGAGCAGGCUCGACGUGCGCGCACCGCGGCGGCGGCCGUCGAGCCCACCGAUGCCGGGUCCGAUUCGGAUGACAUGUUCUCCCUGGCGGCUGGCCCGGGGGUGGCUUCGCCCGCGGCCGCGACCACAGCUGCCCCGGCCGCUGGCCCUCUUCCCGCCUCCACAUCGACCGAGGCCUUCUGGGAGUACAAGUGGACCGAGGAUGAGGACCCCGCCACGCCGGUGUAUGGGCCCUUCUCCUCGACGCAAAUGCACGCCUGGGCCGAGGCUGGGCUCUUUUCGCAGACGCCCUCCGGGGCGGUGUUUGUCCGCCGGGCGGCCCCUCCUCCGGGGGCCGGCGAGCCGGAGGACUUCUCCGAUGCGCCCUUCCGCUCAUCCAAGCGCAUCGACUUCUCCUUGUACAUCGACUGAGCCACCGUGCGGGGGCGGGCGCGUGCUGCGAGAUGCGGCAAAGAAAAAUAUACACCGAGUCUUUCCUGGCGACUGCCGGCCCGACACAUGGAACUUGUCUCUGGCAUGUGCAGAUACCAGCAUGGCGGACAUGCACACACCCACACACAAGCACGCACGCACACACACACACA